CUUGAGAGCGCCCCCCCAGACAGGUGAUAGUUAUCAGAGACGAAAAAAGUCCGGUUGUCGUAGACGAAAAGGACAAAAGAUGUCCAUAAAUAUUUCAGAGAGUGAAUGGAAAAGAGCCCUGACCUCCAUCCUGGAGCAGCUGGAUAAGUCAGAAUACAAGAAGAUGCUGUUGUAUUCCUGUUUUGACAAAAUCCCCAAACGUAUGAAGACUGAAGAGUUCAAAGAGGAGAUGCCUCAAUUAAUCAUCCAGCACUUUGGAGUAGAUGAGUCCAUCUCUGCAAUCAAUGAAGCAAUGAUAUACCUUCCUAGGAAUGACUCUGCAGUCCAGGACCUGUUGCGCCCCUUUGUGGACAAACUGAGGAAGAAACAUGAAGAAGAGAACAGAAACUCCAUGAAGGAAACGAAGGAGAAAACAACCAAAAACCAGAGGUUGACAAUGACAACGUUGGCUGAAACCAAAGGGAAGAAGAGGAAACAUGACAGUGAUUCCAAGUUAGUGGACAAGGAACCAAAGCCUAAAACUGGGUUUAAGAGGAACAAUAUUGUGAGCGACUCAGAUUCUUCUGAUGAGGAGCAAAAGGUUGCAACUGGGUUUAAGAGGAACAGCAUUGUGAGCGACUCAGAUUCUUCUGAUGAGGAGCAAAAGGUUGCAGCUGGGUUUAAGAGAAACAAUGCUGUGAGCGACUCAGAUUCUUCUGAUGAUGAGCAAGAGUUUGCAACUGAUCAACUAAAGAGCGACCUACGUGACAGGGAGAGAAAGAUUCCACCAUGGAGAAAAACCAUCAAAGAUGUACUGACCAGCGGUGACCUGGGUAACAAAGUCAUAACCGGUAAAGUUGUACAGAAAUCUGCUCUGCGCACAUAUGAAACCCAACAGAGGAAGAAAAGGUUUUUCUUUUAUCUGGGAGUCAGUGAUGAGACAUCCUGCAUUAAAGUGAUGGUGUACGGAGCAGAUCUCUAUCAAGAUAUCCAGGAGGGGAGCUGCUACUCGAUCAGAAAUGUAAUCAUGGACGAAAAUGUCAUGAAAGUUACCAAACAGAGCAAAGUGGCAGAGACAGGUCCCGUUGACGUCCCCGAGGAGCUGGAGAUGGAAGCUGGGAUGCUCAUUUAUCACCAGAAGCCAGUUUGCAGCAUAGCAAAGGCCAGAGAGUAUGCUGACAAGACAGUAGUGAGUGUUCAAGGAACUGUGACAGAGAUUGGUCACGUCGAACCCACCAAAAUGAAGAAACAACGGAGGAAGAAAGAGAAGCAACAUUUUCAACUUAAUGAUGGCAAAGAUUCCAUCAGGAUCACCUUGUGGGGCAGAGACACUGCACAACUCAGAGGAACAUCAGAUGGAGACUUUGUCAGAGUGACCAACGUGAAGACCAGUCACUACUAUGAAACCUUCUCGCUGAACUCAACCGAUUUCACCAGAAUUUACAAGAUCAAAAGUGCAGCCAUGCAGAAUGCCACAAUUGAGAUUAUAGGAAUCAUAAAAGCCAAUAACAUGGAGACUCAACUGGAAGCAAGUGUCAACAACCAGGUGGAGACGCUUGUUGUGGCUUCUAAACUUCUGGCAAAGGUGUUUGGUGUCAGACUGGAAGGUGAUUUAAAAAAUAGGCUUGUUCAAAAAAUCCCUCUCUCAGCACAUGUAGACAUACAAGGAAGUACAAUUAAAACAAUCACAGAAGCUAAAGAGAUGUGAAAGUAACCUUCCUCCACACAGUCAGGUUCAAGGUUCAAGACACUUUAUUGUCUGUCGCAUAUUAAAAAAAAUUCCCUCCCCUUUAAUGGGAAGAGAAUGGGAAAGCAGAACCAGACUCUAGGUGGGCUGCCAUCUGCCUUGACCAGUUGGGUUUAGAGAGAAAAAGGGAGGGAGGGGGAGAUCUCAAUACCUUUAAAUUAAU